CUUCUUCACAGCCCUCUAAGGUUGACCUGAGAUCUGAAAAAGGCGCAAAAUGGUGGUCUCAUUUCCGGCUCUCCUGCGACCCUUCCGACUCUGUCGAUGGGACCCGACACCCUGGGCGCGGUUGGCAGGGCCUACAAAGCUCAGGACCGGUGACCCAAACUCUUGGGCCCCUGCCAGGAUGGCGGUGACAGUGACGCUGGAGCCCGCGGGCCGCUGCCGCUGGGACGAGCCGGUGAGCAUCGCCGUGCGCGGCCUGGCCCCGGGACAGCCGGUCACGCUGCGCGCGUCCCUGCGCGACGAGAAGGACGCGCUCUUCCGAGCCCACGCGCGCUACUGCGCCGACGCCCACGGCCAGCUGGACCUCGAGCGCGCGCCCGCGCUGGGCGGCAGCUUCACGGGCCUCGAGCCCAUGGGGCUCCUCUGGGCUUUAGAGCCCGAGAAGCCCUUGCUGCGGCUGGUGAAGCGGGACGUACAGACGCCCUUCGCCGUGGAGCUGGAGGUGCUCGAUGGCCACGACCCGGAAGCCGGAGGGCUCCUGGGCCGGGCGGUGAACGAGCGCGACUUCCUGGCGCCGGGGGUGCGGCGCGAGCCCGUGCGCGUGGGCCGGGUGCGCGCCACGCUCUUCCUGCCGCCAGGCACAGGACCAUUCCCUGGAAUCCUCGAUCUUUUUGGAAGUGGUGGUGGCCUUUGUGAAUACAGGGCCAGCCUCCUGGCUGGACAUGGUUUUGCUGUGCUCGCUCUGGCUUAUUUCAGAUUUGAAGACCUCCCUAAAUAUUUGAAUAACGUGUGCCUGGAGUACUUUGAAGAAGCUGUGGACUUCAUGCUGCAACAUCCAAAGGUGAAAGGCCCUAGUGUUGGGCUUCUUGGCUUCUCCAAAGGAGGUGACCUGUGUCUCUCAAUGGCCUCUUUCUUGAAGGGCAUCACAGCUACUGCAGUUAUUAAUGCCUGUGUGGCCAACACAAUAGCUCCUCUGCAUUACAAGGAUAUGAUUAUUCCUAAUCUCAGCAGUGACCCAGGAAAAUAUAAAAUCACUGAGUCAGGCCUUUUGAAUUUGGAGGAUAUUUGGAAUGACCCACUGGAGAAACCCAACCACCAAAGUCUUAUUCCAUUGGAAAAGGCCCAGGGACCCUUCCUGUUUAUCGUUGGCAUGGAUGAUCAUAACUGGAAGAGUGAAUUCUAUGCUCAGAUAGCCUCUGAACGGUUACAGGCCCAUGGGAAAGACAGACCCCAGAUAAUCUACUACCCAGGAACUGGCCAUUGUAUUGAUCCGCCUUAUUUUCCUCUUUGUAGAGCCUCUGUGCAUGCAGUUUUGGACCAACCAGUAUUCUAUGGAGGUGAGCCAAAGGCUCACUCAAGGGCACAGGUAGAUGCCUGGCAGCAAAUCCAAACUUUCUUCCAUAAACACCUCGAUGGUAAAAAAUCUGUCAAGCCCAGCAAAUUGUAACAUUGUAAUCAUAGACCAUAUACUGUUAAUAAAAAUCCUAGUCAUACAACAUGUAUUAGGUUUUCCAGAGAACCUAGGAACCUUUUUGUAACAAAGCAACCAUCUCAGCUUCAUUGUCAGGUCCUACUGGAUUCUGAGCCUUAGCAACACUACUCUCUUCACUGCUGGGUCCAUCCCUUUCUCCCCUGAACUUUUCCCAGUGUAUAGGCUUAACUCUGAUCUUAUCUGUAGGACCAAUCUUAACCUUAAGCAGGAAAAAUGUAAGAAGUGCCUGCCCAAGUCUCAACUGCUGGCCUAGAUUUGGCCUUCUGUUCUGGUUCUGAGGACUGAGCUUUUGUACUGCUAAGAGUCCCAUAUACUCUUUGGGUCCUAACUGACCAUGUCUGAACCUUGGGAACCUGCGCACUUGAGCCCCUUAAGGAGUGGACUCUGCUUCGUUCUUGUUUCUGAACCCCACUUUGAAGAUUGGGGGCAUUGACAUACUUAGUAUCCUAAGCUUUGCUUUUAUUUUAUGAAUGAGGCCCUAGACUUCGAUUUCUUCCUUACUGAUAAAGUAUCCUUUACAAAUUUUGAAUUUAAAAUUCAAAGGAUACUUUACAAAGUAAAAUUGAAUCCUUUACCAAAAAAAAUUGCUGUAAGCAAAACAGUUUAUUGAUAUAUACUGUUGAUAUACUUCCUCUGUAUUUACCGUCUGAAUUCUCAACCUCAGUACUUGGCUACCUAGCGAAAUGCCUCGAUGCCAAUAGAUUUUCAGGACUUAAUCUUUGGAUGUCAGGUUAUACCUGACAAAUUAGACUUCUUCCUGGUACCAUCGGUUCCUAUUACAUUCCUACUGGGAAGGACUGGGAUCAGUCUAUCUCAAUCCAUUGCCUUAUACUGGGCACUAUCUAGAGUCAUGAGACCAGAGCAGAGGGUCUUCCCUGAGUGCAAGAAUAUUUUUUCUGAGACACAUCACUUGGCUUGCUGGGCACAUACUGUCUUUCACCAAUUUGAGUCUAUUCAAGCAAAUGCCCAUUAGAUCUUAAUCUAAUGAGAAGGGUUCCUUACUUAAUUUUGACCAAUUGUUAAAAAUACGUGUUGAGUGUAUUUAUUCACUAUGAGUAUAAUUUUCUGUGAUUUGAAUCCUUAGAGCCUGUGCUUUAACUCACUCUGAGGUGGUCCUGCCACUCUAGAGAUGCCUUUGGGAUGGGGUAUCAUAGGAAGAAGUUAUAAGGAAAAUGGCUGGGAGGGUGAGAGAAGUGAGGGGCGGAAAGGUAACACCAGAAGCUUAAACAUGAGGGUGAUGACUAAACAUAUCUGUGUACUAAAGCACUAGGUGUAGGGAUGGCCCUACAUCCUAAUUUCUUCCUUACUGAUAAAGUAGCCUUGGAAUGCCCUAUACUGACUAAGAUAUUUGGUCACUUUCCCCUCAGAGUUGAUCAUAUAUGGCCCCCUGUCUCUAAGAUUUGAAAAAGAAUUUCAGGUUGUUACAAAGCUACCUAAAAUAUGGUAAAUGUGAAUUAAAAGGGAGAAACAGAAAAGGUAUCCAUAAAAUGGAGCCAGAAAUGAGGUCAACACAAUAGUGCUUAUUAUGAGGCCUACAUACUUGCCUUGAUUGGGCCACUCGUUCAGUCAUUUGUUUUCUAGUGGUUUAUGCAGAGAAGGAAACCUAAUCAGUUACACAAAAUUUACAGCCUUCAUAAAAUAAAAUCAAAGCUUAGAAAUCAGUUUCUCCCAAAGGCUGUCUUACUAAGAAACAUUAAAUGAUGUAAAGGGUAGUACCCUCAAGGUUGCCUCUACAGUAGAUAUAAGUCCCAGGCUCCAUCGCUUACUGUGUGACCUUGGGUAAGUUAUUAACCUCUCUAAGCCUCGAUUUCCUCAUCUAUAAAGUGGGGAUAAUUAUAGUGAUAAGAAUAGAAACUACUUCAUUGGGCUGUUGUGAUUAAAUUAGGUCAUCCAAGUAAAGCACGUAACAUAUUUAAACUCUCAAAUAUUAGCUCUUAUUAUUUCAGAUGAGGAAAUUGAGACCCAGGAGGGUUAAGAAAUAUAUCUGGUUGAUGAGAGAGCUGGGCCAGUCCAACUCCAAAGGCCAUGGCCUUCAUUAACCAUUUGGCUCUACAGCCUUCCAACCUGAGGAGAGAAGCUCAAAUAGUGCAGAGCUGACUGGUGAGGAUUACUUAGCUGGAAAGUCAAGGAUAAGUUAGGGUCCCAUAAUGGAGGCUCCAUAAGCCAAAUUGGAGAGUUCAGAUUUAUGUAUUUAUUUUGGAAACCACCAUUUUAUUGAGCUCUCCUCACCGCAGAGACCUAUUCCAGCAAUAUUUUUGCCACAGGCAUCACAGACACAGGGGUGUGACCAGCGCGCCCCCCACUGCCCACUAUUUGACCCACCCAUGAGAGGGAGAUGGAGAGUUUAGGCUUAAAAUAAGAAAUAAGGAACCAUUUUUUAACAUACU